CUUCCGCUAAGGUAAUGUGAAAUUACCCCGGAAGUUGCUAAAUUGAUUACUUCCACUUCAAGUUGGGAAUUACUAGAAUAAGACGUCAUAUUACGCUCAAAUUGAUAAACGUCCUAGUCCGCCCGGCUUCAUGGACUUUUAUCGACAAGUCGUGUGGUUCAGUCUUCGCCUCCACAAGCCAGAUCCGGGUGCCUAAUAUGAGGCCAAGUAUAAGAACACUCGACUAUUCUCGUGCUGAUGGAUUAAAUAUCCAUGAUUCCCAUUACUUCACAGUGCUGCCGCCUCUGAGUUUGCGAAGAUGUCGAUUCCAGGCCACUCAAUCGUUCCGCUCACAGCUGAUGACAUUCCCACGACCACCAGCUUUCUCCAGGAUUCGAAGCUACAGCUUGCCAUCAAUCGUUUCUUGAUCAAAGAUUGGCCAAAUGAGGCCGUCCAGCGUCCUCUCUACCAGGCUGCCAUUGAAGGUGGUCUAAAGAACCCCAACACCACCAGCUUGAAAGUUGUCAAUGACAAAUCAGGGGAAACUGUUGGUUACUUCUUUUUUACCAAAAGAGGACAGCCAGCCCCCGACGAAGAUAAAGCCUCAAAAUCCAAGAUAGAGAAUGCAGGACAGAACGUGCCCCCAGGCCUAGUGCCUGAGGUAUUCCAUGCUGUGAUGAAGGCAGUUGAGACCUUGGAAUCAGAUGUUCAAGGCGAACAUCUUGAUGUGACACAUAUCUAUGUUAAGCCUUCGAGCCGCGGUCAGGGAAUUGGUACCCAGUUGAUACAGGCUGCUCGCGAUGAAGCUAAAUCUGCAGGUCUUCCAUUCAUAAUCUCCGCCGAGCCAAACCACCAUGAUUUCUUUCUGAAUCGAGGAUUUAGAGAUGAGAAGCACGUUGAUAUCGACCUGAGUGCUUGGGCUGCCCACAAUAGUGGGUAUGGCGUCUUCCGAAUUUCGAGAAUGAGAAUGAUAGAAUAAUUACCUAUAUCGGAACCUGCACGGAAUUUGUUGGAGCAAUGUGACCCGUUCAUCUUACGCUGAUGGGAAGGACCUCCGGCCUGUUAGUAGAUCGAAGAAUGGAAAGUUUUGAC